AUGAUAGUUUUAGAAGUGAAUUUACCUGAUACAGAUGAAUUGAGAUCAAUUGGUAUUAAUACAGAACAACGAAUUGCUGUUCUUCCACUAUUAAAUUCUAUGUUAAUAAGACAACAACGAUCAGAUGGAUCAUUCGUUCGUGUAUUUAGUGCACAUACAACAAUGAGGUAUCGACUUAUUGAAAAACAUAAUUAUCAAGUUUUACCGAUUUUUCAUGGAGAAUAUCUUCAUGCACUUCGUGAUAAUACAAUUAAAAAUCUCUUUGAAACAAAUUUGGCUCUUAAAAGUCUACCAAAACAAUCUUCACUCAAUUUGUGA